UAAUAAAUACUCUUUCAUAUUUGAUAGACAAAAAUGUAACAAAUUCUGAAGCUUCUCUUUUUGAUAAGCUUUCUCUUUCUUUCUCUCACUCUCUGUAUAUGUUGUAGUCGAGAUAUCUAUAUCACAUUGAGACAAAUAUAGACUUGAACAGAUUUGAAAUAUAUAAAUGUUUACUAUAAUAGCUCCUUAAAUACCACCUAAAGUGACAAGACAUUCAUCUCUCUCUCUCUCUCUCUCUCUCUCUCUCUCUGUCCCUCUCUCUCUCUCUCUCUCUCUCUGGGAAUAGACUAUAAUGUUAUUCAGCUGGUCCAAUAGAACGCGGGCUGGAUUUCUGAGGCAGCAGUGCUGUGCCACAGUGUCAUUAUAAUUCUGAUGUAUGCUGGACUAACCCGUCAUCUCAUCAUAAUAUCGUAAUCAGCGACUACUUAUUACAAUUCAAUGCUUAAUGAGGACUCAGAAUUCUGAAUUAAUUAAAAGUUUUCGUGAACUUUUUUAAGGGAUUAAAUGGGCUGUGAAGCAUACACAAUUUGGAUUUUCCAUGUGAUGAAGAAGGAGAAGUUUUAGUGCAAAUUUUAAAUUUCGAAAAAACUUCAACUUGGUGCUAGAAAAACAGACCCAGUGAACGGACAGACAGGUGGACAGUGACGCAGGGAGGUCGGCGUGUGUGUGAUCAGAGGUCGUAACCGUGGCGCCCGUAGUGGUAGUCCCCCCCGAGGAUUCCCUAUCUUACCGGGGAGACAGCAUGGAUGGGGACUCCAAUGAUGAAGGGACCGUGACCGAGUCACUCAACGGGGAGACCAAACCCGACCCCGCAAAGCUGGCUCAGACCGCCAUCAUCAAACAGGAUGUCAUGCUCUCGGCAACCAGCACCCAAUCGCCAUUGGCAACGGUAUCCAGCGUGUUCACCAUGCCUAACAUCUCCAUGCCGACCGUAUCACUGGCCAACAGUGGGAGCCUCGGGGGGCUGACUGACCAUCUGUUUAUGUCCCACAUCCCAGCGGACCCUCCCAAUGCCCACAGUAACUCUGUCACUGACACCCAUACCGACAAAUCAGGUUUGGGGUCAUUAGCCAGUCCUUCACAAUUGUUUGGACAACCCCAGGUGGCAGCACCACAGUUCUUCCUCACAGGUAAUGGGGCCCAGCAGUUCAUUAGUAUUCCCGUCUCCUUAGGAGGGGGUGGAAACCACCAGAUUCAACUGCUGACCACUUCUAAUGGACAGAUCAUCGCCACAAACCUCGGCGGAAUCCCUGGCCUAACUCAACCACUCAACUUAAACCUCAACUCUGGAUCUAACCAAGCACACAGUAGCACCACCCCCAGCAGUAGUACCUCCAGUCUUGGACUGACCAACCUUCCCCAACUGCUGACCGCUGCUGCCGCCGGGGCCCAGGGCCAAAUCCUGGCGGUCGGCCCUCAGGUCCUGAACCAGCUGUCUCUGUCCCACAACACCACAUCCAGUUCUUCCUCCCACAAUUCCCAGUCACUGACCAACGGACACCUCUCCCAGGCCACCACCCAGCAGACCGCUGCCCAAUCAGCCGUGCAGUCCGCCGUACAGUCGGCUAUCCGUAAUGCCCAGUCCGCCAAAAUCAACAACCAGUCAUCCGUGUCGACUCUGUCUGAGGGCCUGCCCCCAAGUGUCAGCCAGCUCUUACCUAAUACAGUUGGAAACUCCACAGAAAGCACAACAGUGGACGGAAUCAACUUAGAUGAAAUUAAAGAGUUCGCCAAACAGUUCAAGAUUCGACGGUUAUCGCUCGGACUCACCCAGACACAAGUGGGUCAAGCUCUCAGUGCCACAGAGGGGCCGGCCUAUAGUCAGUCCGCAAUCUGCAGGUUUGAGAAGUUGGACAUCACCCCUAAGAGUGCUCAGAAGAUUAAGCCAGUGUUGGAACGCUGGAUGCAGGAGGCAGAAGAGAGAUACAAGAACGGGAUCCAGAAUCUCACCGAUUUCAUCGGCAGCGAACCGUCCAAAAAACGCAAGCGACGAACCUCAUUCACACCGCAGGCACUCGAAGUUCUGAAUAAUUUCUUUGAAAGAAAUACUCAUCCAUCAGGUGCCGAGAUGACAGAAUUAUCUGACAAACUGAACUACGACCGAGAGGUAAUAAGGGUCUGGUUCUGUAAUAAAAGACAGGCGUUAAAAAACACCAUCAAAAAACUCAAGCAGGAGACCCCCUAGACUCACGCCAGUGGGAAAGGAAGACCGGGUUUAUCUAUCUAAUUCAUCACCAAAAAAAGAGGCACAUUGCUAUAAAAUAAGGAUUCACAUUGACUGAAAAAAUGGAGACCUUUCUCCUAUUUAAUUCAUCACCAGAAAGAGGCACAUUGCUAUAAAAUAAGGAUUCACAUUGACUGAAAAAAUGGAGACCUUUCUCCUAUUUAAUUCAUCACCAGAAAGAGGCACAGUGCAAUAAAAUAAGGACUUGCAUUAACUGAAAAAAGACCUGAAAUCUAAUUCAUCACUAAAUCAAUGACCAGUGCAAUAAAAUAAGAACUCAUAUUAGCUGUGAAGGAGGCCCCUAUCAUAAUCAAGGCCCAGUGCAUGGAAAAACAAAAUAACUUGCCAUUGACUGUUAAGAUGACCUCUAAUCUGUCAAGUUCAUCACCGAAAUAAGGGCCAAUAUAAGGUUAAGAAAUCUGACUCCAAUAUUGAGUGGUGUCUUAGAUCAUCGAAGAUUAGCACGCACUGGAAUCAACUGAAGUAGGGAACCUACAAUCCAUUCUAUAUUGUUCACCUACUACACCAAAAAGUGAAUAUCCAUUAUAUGUAGAGGCAGGGAAACUCAUCUUGGUUCAGAGCGAAGGGGGUGGGGGGGGGGGGGGGGUUACAAAGUGAAAUUUUGACCAUCCAGAUAACGAGGUUUGUUUGGGUCAUAGGGGAGAUUUUAUAUAUUAUGUGUUCAAGUCUGGCAUGCUUGCUUUUUUACAACAAUCACUUUAUAUUCAUGUAUACACUAUACAUAUGUAUUUCUUUCAAUAAUUUUGUGAAGAAGGAAGGUGGGGAAAUUUGUCCAUAAAAAUUAAUUCAGAGUAAUCAUAAACUUAAUGUUAGUUUACAGGAAGUCUGAACAGUGAAGUUGAUUAGUGAACAAAAAUGUAGAACUGUGAACUGCUUCUCUUUAGGAUAAUAUCAGUAGAGAUUUGAUUUAUGAUCAAACAAUUUUAUUUAUAUGUGCAAAUGAGUACGAAGAGAGGUGGACAUGUAAUUUAGAUAUUAUGAUAUAUAUAUAUAUAUAUAUAUAUAUAAACAUCACUAUUGUGAGCUAUACCUGAGUUUAUUGUUCCGGCUAUAGCAUGCCAGGCUGUUAGACAAGUGUUGUGCAAUAUUAUACACGCUACUGUAGAACAACUUUUAUUUGCUUGUGACAACUUUUCCAAGAUUUCGGAUUUCAAAUUUUCAGAGCCCCACAGUCGCAAAUGUGAAUAUUUCUUGCCAUGAACCCAUCCCUGGCUAAUGAAUUUAAUAACGAUACCUGUAUGGCUAAAGCCUAAUCACCAAAAAAAAAAAAUGCUGCGAGCUAGUUUAUCCCUGUUUAACCAUGAUAUAAAGUUGUCGCAAAUAAAAGUUGGUAUACAGUAUACGAUACGCUUUUAUAUUAUGAUCAUGAUACUGUAUAUACGGUAAUUUUCAUGAUAAUCUAAUAUUUGCUUUUUUUUUCGCAAUCUCAUAUAAGUCGCAAAUAAUUGUGAUAUAAUACACAGAAAAAAUAUCCCACAUCAUUUUCUACAAGAAACUUUUUAAAUGGCAAAAAAUGACUGAAACAGAUUAAAGCUGUUAUAGAUUUCCCUCAUUUUUGCAAAUUUUGUGACAUGUGAAAAAAAAACCCCAAAACGGAUAUAUGGUAUAUAUAUAAGUACAAGCUGUUUGUGUUUUGUUUGAGAAUUGGCCUUUUAUUAUUGUUCUGAUAUUUUUGUAAACAUGUAUAACUAGAAUUUUUUAUAGACAGAAACAAGAAACAAGAAGACUUACAUUACGGACCCUCUAUAUUGAAUAAUCAUACAAAAUAUAUAUAUGGAUAAACUCUUAAACUGCAUACCAUUCCUAUUUAGAAAGUAUACCAUUCACAUAAAGUAUUAUAUUCAAACUUAAUCACUAUCCUUAAGAAAACUUACAAUCAGUGUAACAUAAUCAUGAUAUUUAUAGAAAAAAUAUUUAAAAUCAAUCUAAAAUAAAUAAAAAAAAAAUUAUUUUCCUUUGAUACACUUGUGUAUGUUGGGCAGUGAAAAAAGUUCAAGCUAUAAUCAGAAUAAUUAUUAUAUUCAAACUUAAUCAAUAUAUUUAAGAAAACUCACAAUCAACGUUAACAGAACACAAUCUUCUUGAAAUCUGUAAAUGUUAAUUAAUAAUUGAUCAGGCACAGUUGCCAAUGGCAGUUCUUCAUUAAAAACCAUGAAUUAUAUAUAUAGAUUUUGUUUCAGCUUAGAUUACAUGCUGAUGGCAUUGUACCAAAGUUAGACACAUAUGUAAUAAAACAAAAAAUUGUUGAUCAGAAAAGACCAAAGUGUUCAUUCUAAAUCUCUAGAUAUUGUACAUAUGAUAUAUACAUGUAUAUAUGUAUGCCAUACAUGGCAUUUUUAUUAAUGUUCUAUUAUUUAAUGUCAUGUUAGAUACGUUUUUUGUUUUACACUGUAUGAAGCACAUCCAUGUUUUUUUUUAUUUAUAAAUCAUUUAUAUUGUAUGAUAUUUAUUAAGUAUUGAUUAAUAUUUAUGAGGUAUUAAUAUUUAUAAAUCUAUGUUAUUGUAUGUGUUAAAUUUGUUGUACAUCAUAUAAUCUUAAUUUUUGAGUUUUGUAUUCAGUUUCAGUAUAUAGGUGCACAAAGAGUAUUUACUAAGUGACGUGUUUAAGGUGGAGCUUCUUGUCUAUGGGACAUUACUCUUAUUUGCAACAAGUUGUAAAAGGUUGUCAUGAAGGGACAUUACUCUUGUGUUAUUAGUGUUUAUAUUUUUUUCCACUUUCAAUGUAAAUAAUGCUUCUUGUUUCGAAGAUUAAGCGAUGUUGUAAUUAAUGUAGAUAACCAAUAUUAUUUUUGGGGUACAAGUAUAUGAGAAAUGUGUUUUGCAUCUUUACUUAAGACACCUUUUACAACGUGUCUUCUUAAGUAAAGCAGACAGCUUAUUGUCCCGUUUGUGUGGUUUUUUUUAAAAUUUUGUUUUAUCAUUUCAUCACUGUUUUGUGUAUUUUUAUUUUAUUUGAGGCAGCUAGCAUCAGAAGAGCAUUUUUUUAAUAUGUUGGAUUAUGUCCAUUCUGACACUGACACUCUUCUAAAAUAUACUUCAUUGUGUACAAGUGUUAUUAUAUUCACUAUGAUAUUUCAUUUAAGCAACUUUUAAUCAACCAAAAUUAUUUAUAUUCUAAAUUGGUGUUCCACAAAUAUUUUCUGUUGAACAUCAGGCCUCGGGGCCAUAAAAGUUAGACGAGCUCAUUUUUGAUCUCAGUCUCACUUUAACAAAAGAAAUGUAUAGUGGAAAAGUGAGACUGAGAUCAAAAUUGAGCUCAUCCAAGUUUUAUGGCCCCUGGGCCUGAUCGGUAUCUUCAUGAUCUUACAUUUUGUAAACUCUGAACAUUCGGACAGAAAUCCAAGCAAAAUGAUUCCCUGUUGAGAAAUAAGUAUCAUAAAAUAAUGUUUUUUAGAUUUUAAUUAAGGAGGCUGGAUGGUCAGCUAAGUACCCGAACAUUUUAAUAUUAUAUUUUAAGCCAUAAACUAUUACUUGGUAAAUAAAAAAUCCUAACAUUUUGAUUUUAACAUUUGAAAAUUUUCCCACAUCUUUGUUUAAAGGAGGUAAAUAUACAGUGUAACCUAAAAAUGGUCACCAUCAUCCAACCCUCUUAAAGCAAGAUUAAAUCAACAAUAAUGUCAGGUUGGACAGACUUCAGAUUAUUUUGUGUGUAUGUAAUGACUGUUGGUCUGUCUAUGUGUCUCUUAGAAAAACCAAGCCUAUGUAAUUAAUUACUGUCAACCUUUUAUGCUUACAUGUUGUGUCAUUUCCCAGCGUGUGGGUAAGACUAUUAAGGUUUUAGAUAGCUUUUAACUUGAAUUGGUAGAAGUUGAAUGGUCCUUCAUGACUUUACUUUCAUUUUUAAAAUUUUACUUAUUUUGAUACAUGUGUUUUGAUUUCUUUUCAUAUUUAAUUGUCAUU